UAUUACUGCAGCGGAAGCGCCUCACGUGGCGGAAGUACGAAGCCGCGGGCCUGAGCGAAGGGAGAGGAGGAGAGAGGAGAGCAAGAGCAAGAAGAGCAGCAGCCUAGUAGGUGAACGGUGAACUCGUUGGUGAACCUGUUAGCAGCGAGUCGUUCGGCUGCGGAUCGAUUGCAUGGUGGUAGCGGUGCAGCACAAGAAGGCUGAGUGUCCGUGAGUGAACGCGCGAGAUUGCUGGCGAUGAUGGUUCGAGGCUCGGAGGGUUCGGCCAGUGGCUACCGGUAUGAUCUGUCGAGCGACAAGGACAGAAACCAGAAGGCUCGCUCGCCACCCCCGUGGAGCACCGGGGGCGGCGGUGCAGGCGACAAGUUCCUCUCCGAGGCCAAGAAUGACUUCAUGGCACGCUGGGAGGGCAAGUCGCACCCGCCGGCUUGCCACCUCGAAGACUUCGACCGCCUGCGGACACUGGGCACCGGCUCGUUCGGACGGGUGAUGCUGGUUCGCCACCGCUCGAGCAAGCAAUUCUACGCGAUGAAGCUGCUGGAGAAGCAGAAGAUUGUCAAGAUGAAGCAGGUGGAGCACACGCUGAACGAGAAGCGCAUCCUGCAGUGCAUUCGGCACCCGUUCAUCGUGCACCUCGAGUUCAGCUUCAAGGACAACGACAACUUGUACCUCGUCCUGCCCUUCAUCUCGGGCGGCGAAAUGUUCACCCACUUGCGCCGGCAGGGCAAGUUCAGCGAGGUGCAGACCAGAUUCUACGGUGCUCAGGUGGCCCUUGCGCUCGAAUAUCUGCACUACCUUGGUGUGGUGUACCGCGACCUGAAGCCCGAGAACAUCCUGAUCGACUCGACCGGGUACGUGCAGGUAACUGACCUGGGCUUCUGCAAGAUGAUUGAGGGCCGCACGUGGACGCUUUGCGGCACCCCCGAGUACCUAGCGCCCGAAGUGAUCCUGUCCAAGGGCUAUGGCCGCUCGGUCGACUGGUGGUCGUUUGGGGUGCUGCUGUACGAAAUGGCUGCGGGCCAUCCGCCCUUCUAUGCCAAGGACCAAAUGCAGAUCUACGAGAAAAUCGUGUCCGGCAGGUACCGCUGCCCGCCACACUUCAGCACUGACCUCAAAGAGCUCAUCAGAAACCUUCUGCAGAUUGACCUGUCAAGGCGGUUUGGCAACCUGAAGGACGGCGCCGCCGACAUCAAGCGUGACCGAUGGUUCCGGCCGAUUGACUGGGACCAGAUUCUGCACCGGCGAGCUGAUCCGCCGUUCCGACCCAAGUGCAGCAGCCCAGGUGACGCGUCCAACUUUGACACAUAUGAGGAGGUGACCAUCAAGGCCUCGUCGACCAACAAGUACGUCAGAGAGUUUGAGGAUUUCUAAGGGAAAAACACUGUUCGUCGUAUGUGUGCAAAGAAGAAGAAGAAGAAGUGAUCUGCCUUUGACUGCUUGGAUGUAAUAAUUACUGAGCUCUCUGAUUCGUUAUAUUUGAGAUUCUGCCACUGAGCGCUUUGCUUUGCCCAAUAUAUUGUUGUUGACAUAUCAACGUGUCCGUAGUUGAUCUGAUAAAAUAUUGAACUCGCUCCUCGUCCCUCCCCUCCGGCUGGAACGACCAACACAGACUGACCCUCGCGGCGUCCCGAUCAAUGAAAUGACUGACCGAUCAGUUGGCAAACACAGGCAGAUUCGAGUGCCGCGCGUUUGAGCUUCACUGAAUUUUGCACACGCAGCUCUGUGCGAAACUGACUUUGUGCAGUGCAUAUACACAUUUUGUUGAGCUUUUUUUUCAGCACAGAGCACCUUACUCGUGAGCCGAUAAUACUUUUCCAGGCAUUCAACGUGAAUCAAAUAAUUGUAAUUUUAUGUGGCAGAACUAAUUUUGUUGCAAAUGCUAAGGCAUUUUAAAAUAGCCGAUUUUAAUUCAGAAACUCACGCAACGAUUUUAUCGAUUUAAAAAAUUGAGAAGCAAACCCGCCUGAUUUAGUUUGCUUUGUUAACAAGAAUCUCGAUUUUUUGUUGGUUUUUCAAAAACCAAGUGCGCGCGUUCAUAUGUUCAACCCAAUAAGUCAUUUGAGCUAACGCCACAAGUUUCCUUUUUUAAUUAUUGAUAGCAUGAGCUUACACGGGAUCAAAUAAAUUGAAGAAUGAGCGUAUAUUUAUACACAUGCGAAACUAUAAGGUAUUAAGUUCGUGGAAUCAGUCGGCUGAAAUGGAACAAAUCACUCGCCCAACCGCCCGACUGCCUGCCUGCUGAACAACUAAUCAGCACGCAGACACACUUACUCACAAAUUGAAUUCGACCUUUUAGGAGAGAUGCACUCCCACGCUUCCACAAUUAGAAAGUAUCGCGAAGGCGAGAAACACUGCGUACUUAAAACGCUACCUACCGAAAAUGAUGUCUCGCGUCACAUUUUAUGCAAAUCGACGUGUCCAAAUUGCCAGCAACCCAUUUAUAUCGCGACAGGUGCAAAUCCAGCGUUUCAGAAACUUGCAAAACCCUAUCACACGUUCCUAUCAAAGACGAUUAUAUUUUUUCAUUUCACAACGCUCUGAUGUUUGAUUUUCCUGCAGUUCCUAUAAUGACCAAUCUGAUGAAGUUAGAACCCUACUUCUCGCGAAUCAAAUCAAUUUCGUUGGUAAAGUUGAAUGAGUAAACCAAAUGACAAUCUCGAAACAGCGCAAAUCUCGGUGUGAAAAUUGUUAUGUAACAAAUUUAAAGUGUCAUUUUCAAACAUAGCUCUUGUAAUUAUAUACAAUAUCAAAAAGUGGAUGUACCCAUCUCCUGUGUCGUCCUCCCAUUUGCCGUGUUCACGUCAAAAUUAGGUGUGUACCACUCAAGCCAUGAUAUUUGUGUGCGAAUUUAAUCAAAAUACUCGUUGCCAUUAUUAAACAUAAAAAUAAAAUUAUACACUUAAAUUUUCCAUUAUAUUCUCCAACGCGUGAACUGCGCUGCGCGCCAGAUGAUAUUUGUGUUAAAUUCUAAACGCAUUAAAAUAUUAUACCUUUUGCUCAUUUUACCAGAAUUGUAUUUUGUGUGGAUAGCACAUAAAAUAUAUAUUUAAAAAUUUUGCAUUGUUAUAUAUUGACGUCCAUGUUGUAAUUCGAAAUCAAAAUAUCAAUCAUUAAGAUAAUUCAUCAAAGUUUGAUCAAUUGCGUCGAUCAUAUAAAAUACAUUAUCUACCAGCUGCGUGUUUACCGACCACGAACAAGAAUGAGAUACAUUUACAGACGAGACGCUCCACUAUAUUAAUAAAUAAUUAAAAUGUCAUUUCAUGUCGAUCAAUGUUUCCAAUCUCGUAAUACAAACUACUCCCGGUAGCUAUACAUGUGAUAACGAGAUUAAACAAUAUUUUAAAUAAUGUGUACAACUCUCAAUUUGAAUCACUUAUAUUUUAAUUCAUAUUUCCAAAGUUGUUACUUAUUUUAAUGAAGAUAAAUUGAUUUGUGCAUUUGAAUGGUUGAUAUAUAUUAUGAUUGUUGGAGAAUAUUUAACCAUUUACAGAGACAUUCCCUAAUACUGUGAUAGCUCUAUAUCAUUUUAAUUUCCAAUAUUUUUUCCCACGAUUAUUCAUUCACCUCUCACCGCGAACAGAUCAAAGCCGAUAUGUUCUAUCGAUAAUAAAUCAAACUUUUCCCAACUGAAGUGUUUCCUAAACUGGACCGCCUGCUUUCCACAACUCUUUUAUGUAUGAGAUCACGAUAUAAUUAAUAAUGGAUUUGUGUCACCCGCCCAGGACCUCUUGCUGUUCCUUUUGCAUUGUAGAAAUAUGUAUGUGUUAGCGAUCUUCAGGAUGGUCCCGAGAAAUUGAUAUUAAAUGUUUAUAGGAUACCAGAUAAUUGAAUGAAACAGACACAGUAAAUCAAACACCAAAAUUUUGAAAUUUUCACUUUUCAGUUUGCUAAAGUACAUAAUUUUAUAACAAAAUGCGGUGCUUUAAAAUGGGGAGUAAGAAAAGGGAGAGAUUUUAGAGAUUUCGGACUUUCAGAAAUUAUUAAGUACAUCGAUUUGUGCGUGUCAUUGUCAUUGCUUUACAAACUUUCAUAAAUGACGGUCGCUACACCGAUAUUUUCCCGUGCACAAAAUUUAUUGUGUCACUCUGCCGAGUAAAUUGACAACAUGAGUGAAAAAUUAUUAAAAAAUCACUGGUUUCACUAACAAAAUAUUAAUUUGUCUCCCACUUCGUCGUAGGCUGAAAGCAAUAUAUUUGCAACUAGUGAUAUUUACAAAUUGAAAGAAACAACGCCAAUUAGUGUCCACCCUCGUCUGAAAAAUUUGUUGCGUUGAAUAAGAACGGUCCCCAAAAGUGGAGUAAAUUUGAGUUGACGAGCGUCAUAAUAUUAUGUCACAUUCUCUGCUCACUCAUAUAGGCUGACCAAUGAGCAAAAAUUGAUACACAUUUGUUCAUCAAAUAAACCAACAAAGAGUCGAUGUGUUUGUGUCCCCCACUUGACGUAUUCACUGCCGCCGGUCUUGUAUGUCUCUUGGUCCACAAACUGUAAGAUUGAAAUGUGCAUUUUAUCUUGCUGGGCAGAGUAUUGCCAAACGUAAUGUCGCAUUCUGACUCGCAGCCUGGCGGCCGCACCCUCUUGUCUGUCUCAGCUUAUAGAUUUUCAUGUUCAAAUUUAGUGCUAUUUCGUUUCCAUAAAACUGGGUUUGUAUCGAAGUAGUGCCAUUAAGUAAAACUUGUUACCAAGUACAAAACGUCUGAUUGAUUUGUUUCGAGAAGACUCUAAUUUUUAUUUUUUAAUACUUCAACACCUUCCACCAUGAUUUUAUUAUUUGCAUUUCAGCAGCUGAUGUAUGACUUUCUGGUAUGAUUCAAACGAAAAUAAAUUCGAAUUCUGAGGCUACUUUGAUUUUGAGGUCUGAGUAUAAUUUUGUGUAGUUGAAUAAUAUGUUAUCCAUGUUUGUAAAAUAAAAUUAAUAUAUAUUCUAUCUAAAAGA